UUGUGUAGUAACCUUCACGACAAAGUGAAAAAUAUACAGCACCGAUCAGCUCACUUGUCAGCUCACGUAUUAUUUUUUGAUAUUUUGUGAUUUCAGAUGAUUUAAGAUUUAAAAUUGCAAAUGCUACUGACUCAAAAUGAAGAUUGAUUGUAAUCCCUUACAAAGACGGCAGAUUUUGAUAUUUGCCAUUGGAUGGUUUGCUUAUGCUUCAACAUACUGCUUGAGGAAACCUUUAGGAGUUGUAAAGACAGACCUAGAAAAUGACCUGAAAUUCAGUAAAACACAGCUAGGAUUGUUGGACACAGCACUGUUACUCCCUUAUGCAGUAAUGCAGAUGUUACUUGGAACAUGUGGAGAUAGGUUUGGGCCAAGAAAAACAUUUGGAUUAUGUAUGAUAUUAUCAGGUAUAUCUAUGGCAUCAUUUGGAAUGUGGAGUAAUUUUUACAUGUUUAGUCUGCUGUUAUUCCUGAAUGGAUCUGCUCAGGCACAGUGCUGGCCCAACUGUAUGAAGGCAUUGGGAUCAUGGUAUUCUGAUAAAGUAAGAAACUCUGUGGCUGGAAUGUUUGGAACAUGUGCAUUUUCAGGUGGAAUUAUUGGAACAGCCCUUGCUGUAUGGCUUCAAACAUCAUAUGGCUGGAGAAGUGCAUUUCUGACACCGUCGUUAUUAGUUCUUGGUUUAGGUUUUGUGGUGUUACUGUUUUUCCAGCAGCCAGAUGAAGUUAACAUUGAGGUGGUUGGGAAAGAGUCUAUAAAAAGCGCUGAAGGAUCAUCAUCUAACAACAAUACAAAAUUAUCCUGGAUACAGCUGUGGAAAAUCCCGAUGUUAGCUGAAGUAGCUGUGGCUGUUUUCUGUCUGAAAGCAGUUAGAUAUUGUAUGUACAUGUGGCUACCCAUGUAUCUUUUAAAUCAGUUGCAAUAUUCAAAAGCCCAAGCAGGGAUGUUUUCCACAACGUUUGAGAUAGGUGGUGUUAUUGGAAGUGCUGUAAUAGGUUUAAUAAUAGAUAGGUGA